GCUAAACCCUCGCCGCGCUAAACCCUAAGCUGUAAUAACUGAUUCCAUGGCUGCUCUUACGCGUAACAAGAAGAAGGGGACUACUAAUUCAAAGUCCCCUCUAAUGAAGAAGGCGGCGAAACCCCGGAAGCCUCCACUGAAGAAGCAGAGAAGAUGCAUUUUGGAGGAAAAGCCUGAAGUUUCUACUGAAGAGGAAAUUGAACAGUCUAAUGAAGGAGAUGAAGGGUCUGAAUCAGGUUCUGACUUUUUCUCAGAUGUUGAUGGAGACAAAGGAAACGAUGAUGAUGAUGAUGAUGAUGCAGAGCCCUUGGCUGACGACUUUCUUGAUGGUAGCAGCGAUGAUGUGGAGGGAACUUUGGGUUCUGAUUCGAAUUCUGACUCUGAUGAAUCCGAUAUUGAGAAAAAAUCUAGAGCUAUUGAUAAAAAACGUAAAAAGGAGGAACAAGAUGCAAAAGAUGAAUUCACUAUGAACAUUAAGGAACAACCUGAUGAGUUUCAGCUACCAACCAAAAAGGAACUUGAAGAAGAGGCUCGUAGGCCUCCAGAUCUUCCUAGCUUACAAAUGAGGAUUAGAGAGAUUGUUAGAGUGCUGUCGAAUUUUAAGGAUUUGAGGCCAGAUGGAGCCGAGAGGAAGGAUUAUGUUGAGCAGCUUAAAGCUGAUCUUGGUUCUUAUUACGGUUAUAAUGCGUUUCUUAUCGGAACUUUAGUCGAGAUGUUUCCUGUUGUUGAACUCAUGGAACUAAUUGAAGCUUUUGAAAAGAAAAGACCUACAUCUAUACGUACUAACACUCUCAAGACUCGGAGACGGGAUCUGGCUGAUGUACUUUUGAACAGAGGAGUUAAUCUGGACCCAUUAAGCAAGUGGUCAAAAGUUGGACUUAUCGUUUAUGAUUCACAAGUUCCAAUCGGGGCAACUCCUGAAUAUUUGGCUGGUUUCUAUAUGUUGCAAAGUGCUAGUUCCUUCUUGCCAGUGAUGGCCCUUGCUCCUAGAGAAAAAGAGCGAGUUGUGGACAUGGCUGCUGCCCCUGGUGGUAAAACAACUUAUGUUGCUGCACUAAUGAAAAAUACAGGCAUAAUAUACGCGAACGAGAUGAAAGUACCUAGGCUUAAGUCACUUUCUGCCAAUCUACAUCGCAUGGGGGUGACAAAUACCAUAGUUUGUAACUAUGAUGGAAGAGAGUUACCCAAGGUUUUAGGUCAGAACUCGGUUGAUAGAGUAUUGUUGGAUGCUCCUUGCAGUGGAACUGGAGUUAUAUCAAAAGAUGAAUCGGUUAAAACCUCCAAAAGUGCUGAUGACAUAAAUAAAUUUGCCCAUUUGCAAAAGCAACUUAUACUUGGUGCGAUUGAUUUGGUAGACGCCAAUUCCAAAACCGGUGGAUACAUUGUUUAUUCAACAUGCUCUAUUAUGAUUCCUGAGAAUGAAGCUGUCAUCGAUUAUGCCCUGAAAAAGAGGGAUGUUAAACUUGUUCCAUGUGGACUUGAUUUUGGCCAACCAGGAUUUAACAGUUUUAGAGAACACCAAUUCCACCCUUCUUUAGAGAAGACUAGACGAUUCUACCCGCAUGUACACAACAUGGACGGUUUCUUUGUUGCAAAGCUGAAGAAGAUGAGCAAUGCAAUGCAGCCUUCAGAAAAUGAUGAGCCAGUUGAAACAACGGAGCAAUCUCGGGUGUCGUCUAGUGAUGAUGAUGAUGAGGCUGAGGCCAUUGAGGAGUUGGAGAAGCCUUCUGUUACUAAAGAAAACAAGAACAAACAAAAAUUUCGAAGGUCAAAGGAGACUCACAAAGACAAAAGGAAUAAAGACAUAAAAACCAAAAGUGGUACUGUGGAAGAACCAAGGAAGCAAAAGAAGAAGAGAUCACAAUGGAAGAAUGAAAUUGCUCAAGCUAGGGAAGAGAAAAGAAAUGCCAUUAGAGAGAGUGCUAAGGAGAGGCCAAAGCACAGAGGAUAAGAUUUAGGUUGGUGAUGCAUCUUGGAGAACAAAGUCAAAGCGACAUAAUCUUUCGGUGUCAUGGUCAUGGUGAAGUAAACAAGAAAGGAAAGGCUGCAUCGGCUGAGGCUAAGGUAUCAAUUGUAGUAUACAUAAUGGCUUUGUAAUUUUUGACCAAGUUACUGAGUAAACAUCAAAACAGCUAGAAAACAUGGGAAAGAAAGAGUGACAGUCACAUGGAUAAGUUACAUCUCGAACCAAAGUUUUGUAUCUAGUCUCGUAACAUUAUUGUAUGAAGCUGUUUAUUUUCUUUGUUUUCGA